UAAAAAGGGUGGGUGACGUCCAUUUGCUUCAUUAACCAGAGAUAUUGGGUUCGUUCUCCGAUAUAUACGCAAUUCUCUGCCUUCAGCCUUCUCUGCCCCCAUCCCUCACAAACUGUGUAGCUAUAAAGCGAACUUGACAGUGGACAGUAGUUAGUUAGCAAAAGCAAAAGCAAACCCUAAACAAUGGCAGAGCCCAAAACGAAAUACGAUCGCCAACUCAGGAUAUGGGGUGAGCAAGGACAGGCUGCCUUAGAAAAAGCUACCAUUUGUUUGCUUAAUUGCGGUCCUACCGGUUCCGAGACGUUGAAAAAUCUUGUACUUGGUGGAGUUGGAUCCAUCACUGUGAUUGAUGGGUCUAAAGUUGAACUGGGUGACCUUGGAAAUAAUUUCAUGGUGGAUGAAUCAUGUUUUGGGCAAUCUAAGGCGAAAUGUGUGUGCACGUUUCUUCAAGAGUUAAAUGAUGCUGUUAAAGCCAAGUUUAUAGAAGAGUAUCCCGAGGCAUUAAUUGGCUCAAAUCCCUCCUUCUUUUCGCAGUUUACACUGGUUGUAGCCACUCAGCUGGCAGAAGACUUGAUGAUAAAGCUCGAUAAAAUCUGCAAUGUUCUGUUGAUUUUUGCACGCUCAUAUGGCCUUACUGGGUUUGUCAGAAUUAGUGUCAAGGAACAUGCAGUGAUUGAGUCAAAGCCAGAUCAUUUCUUGGAUGACCUUCGGUUAAAUAACCCGUGGCCUGAGCUCAAAAGGUUUGCAGAAACCAUUGAUUUAAAUGUGACAGAUCCUGUUGCCCAUAAGCACACACCUUAUGUUGUCAUUCUAGUCAAGGUUGCUGAGGAUUGGACCAAAGCUCAUGGUGGUUCCCUCCCAUCAACCAGGGAUGAGAAGAAAGAAUUCAAGGAGAUUCUAAAAGCAGGAAUGGUUGCAAUGGAUGAAGACAACUAUAAAGAAGCUAUUGAGGCCUCCUUUAAAGUAUUUGCGCCUCGAGGAAUUAAUUCUGAUCUGUUGCGGAUAAUCCAUGAUAGCUGCAGUGAAGUUGAGUCUAAUUCAUCUGACUUUUGGGUGAUGGUUGCUGGCUUGAAGGAGUUCAUUGCGAAUGAAGGUGGUGAGGAGGCACCUCUUGAGGGUUCAAUACCAGAUAUGACUUCUUCAACUGAGCUUUAUGUAAAUUUGCAGAAGAUCUACCAAGCAAAAGCUGAGGCCGACUUCCUUGCUAUUCAGCAAAGAGUUAAGAGUAUUCUGAAGAGAAUGGGUAGAGAUCCAGAUAGCAUCUCAAAGGAAAUGAUUAAAAGCUUUUGCAAAAAUGCAAGAAAACUAAAGAUUUGCCGGUAUCGACCUAUUGAAGAUGAGUUCAACAAGCCUGCAGUAACAGAGUUACAGAAGUAUUUAACUGAUGAGGAAUACAGUGUUGCCAUGGGGUUUUAUAUCCUGCUUCGAGCUGUUGACCGCUUUGCUGCUAAUUAUAACAGUUUUCCUGGGCAAUUUGAAGGGGAAAUGGAUGAGGAUAUAUCUCGACUGAAAACUACUGUUGUUGGUCUACUUAGUGACCUCGGUUGCAAUGGUGCGACUGUAACCGAGGACCUUGUCAAUGAAAUGUGCCGGUUUGGUGCUUCUGAACUUCAUGCGGUUGCUGCCUUUAUUGGGGGAAUUGCAUCGCAAGAAGUGAUCAAGCUCAUAACGAAACAAUUUGUUCCCAUGGUGGGGACUUUCAUAUUCAACGGCAUCGAUCAAAGGUCUCAAUUAUUGGCACUGUAGAAUGCCUUACUGGAACAGAUCACCACUUCAUCAUUUAAAGGAGGCAUUCUUUACAUUGUCGAGAGUUACUGGGGAAGGCAGAGUUCUGGUGAUGUUCAAGUUUUGAUGCAGAACUUGGCUUAGAAAGAAAUUGAAAUUGGUACAAAGAAAAUGGAAAGGUCACAGGACAAAUUCUCGUGUUUCUUUAGCCAAUGACAGCGACAAUGGUAACGGGACAGGAUUGACGAGUGGCCUUCAUUUAAAACCGGUGAAUUCAAUCUCUGUUCAUUACCCUUUCACAUUUUUUUUGCUUUCUUCUGCAAGAGAUUCCUGGAUGCACGCUUCCACUGAUCAGGCUUGUUUUCUCCAGCACUGCUUAAAUAGCAAAGUUGUACCAAAAUCCACUUUUUAAAGACUUGCUGUAGUUAUUGGGAAGCUUUAAUCUGAAAUAUUCUUGUGACUCUUU